CGUGGAGUAAGAUUGUAAUCUGGGAAGAAAAUGGUUAUGUGGACGGCAUUUACCAUCUUAUCCUCUAUCUCUAUCCCACGUUGAAAUUUGUCAGAACAUUUUGACCACCAAUUGAAGUACAACAGAAAUGAUGGAAGUCUCUCCCUUCCCUUGCUGCUACCAGCGCAGCUCAAUUCUAUUCCGAAAGCCGCUAGCUUCAUUUUCAACUGCUGCAGGAAUUGCUGCCUGUGAUGCUGCUGAGGCUGUUAGUACCAGCAGAAGAGCUCUUAGGGGAUCAAAAGUACCAGAGGAGGAAUUCAAAACCCUUCCUAAUGGUCUGAAGUAUUAUGAUUUGAAGGUCGGCGGAGGUCCAGAGGCUGUGAAGGGAUCUCGGGUUGCACCUUAUGGAUUUGAUGUUGGUGAAUCCGAGAGGGGAAAUGUUCUCAAAGGGCUAGACCUCGGCGUUUUAGGAAUGCGUGUUGGAGGCCAGUAUCUUAAAGAAACCAUGGUUAAUGCAGCGUCUGCUGAUAGUUCCUCCGGAGCUGGCAUAUGGAAAGAAAGGAGUUCAGGAAAUUCCUCCAAAUGCAACCAUAGAGGUAAAAAGUUUUACAAUCCCAUUUCACUAACUAUGCUGAAAGCAAUAGAACUUACUGAUCUACCCCUGGAAUUGCAGAUGGAUGUUGAACUUCUUUCCAUCAAACAAAGUCCUUUUGGGUCCCCUGUGAAAAUCGUUGAAGGAUAAUGCUAUCAACUCCACCAUUGGAAGCCGUUAAUACUUAAUAGAGGCCAGUUGCUCCAGUUUCAAGAAGUUGAAAACAGACGACCUAUCUGAUACACUGAAAUCACUUGUUCUUAAUCCUUUUGCCGCACAUCGUUUUGGUUGAUCCAUAGGUUACACAUUCCCAACUUCUCGCGAGCAACUAAGAGUGCAGAUCAGGCACUGUUUCAUCCAUUCGCCCAUGUCUGAAACUUCAUCCAAGUUUACUUCACUUAUCAGAUUCACUUUGCUGCCUGCAGAAGUGGACACUUUUAAGAUUAUGCUGUGACAAACAACAUUAUUGUAAUUGAAUAGCUUGAUGUUCUAUCGAUUUGGUCCUGAGCCAAAAGAAUACUGAUCAAAGAUUGAAAACAUUUUCUUGGUGUAGAAGGAAGGGCCAAUGUCCUUCCUCUGCAGACCAUACAGUAGGAACCGAGCAGGUCGAGUAAAAACCUCAAACAUUGUCCAACCCUUCAACAAGCAAAAAUUACCA